AUGGCGAAUACUGUUGCAGAGCUUCUGUUCAUCCCUGCACCUUUGGUCGAUCAUAUCAUAUCAGCCAUCGAGAUCGCAAAACUGCUUGUAAAUCGAGAUCAACGUCUCUCCAUAACCGUCCUUACCAUCAAACUGCCUCCAAUUGCUACCUACAUCGAAUCGUUAGCUAACAAGUCUAUAGAUCGUAUAUCCUUCAUUCAACUCAAAGACGGAACCCCACCAAAGCUCGAUUCGAAAAACCCGAUGACUUCCUUCGAUGAAUUCAUCAAUAGUCACUGCAAAUAUGUCAGAGAUGUGGUGGCCGGUAUGAUAAGUCAACCGGGUUCCAGUAGGGUUGCCGGAUUCGUCAUCGACAUGCUUUGCACCAGCAUGAUCGAUGUGGCCGAUGAGUUUAAUGUUCCAACGUACGUGUAUUUCAGUUCUAAUGCUGCUUUUCUUGGCUUUAAGUUGCAUAUCGAGACGCUUUUCAAUGAUCAGAACCAAGACGUUGUUGAGUUGAGCAACUCCGAUGGCGAGAUACUGGUUCCGGCCUUCAACAAGCCGGUGCCGACGAAGGUCUUUCCGUCCAUGGUUCGAACUAGAGACGGGCUCGAAAUCUUUGUAUCAUCUUCCCGGAAACGGAGAACAGUUAGGGCAAUCAUGGUUAAUACGUUCCCGGAAUUGGAAACACAUGCAAUCGAGUCAUUGUCUUCUGACAGUAGUAUCCCACGGGUGUAUACGGUGGGACCGGUACUCAAUCUAGAAGGUGGUACCAGAAAACCGUAUGACGAUAAUGUCAUCAGGUGGUUGGACGGUCAACCGCCGUCCUCGGUGGUCGUGUUGAGCUUUGGGAGUAUGGGAAGUUUCCAAAAGGUCCAGAUAGAGGAGAUAGCACAUGGUCUAGAGACCAGCGGCCAUCGUUUCCUUUGGUCGCUGCAUCAACCGCCAUCAGAUCACGAGGAUCAAGGAGCGGUGUUGCCGGAAGGAUUCGUGGAGCGGAUUUCCGGAAUCGGGAAAGUGAUUCGGUGGGAUCCACCAGUGACGUUGUUGGGUCACUGUGCAGUGGGAGGAGUGGUGUCCCACUGCGGGUGGGACUCGAUGUUGGAGAGUUUGUGGUUUGGUGUACCAUUGGCGACGUGGCCACUCUACGCUGAGCAACAAAUGAGUGCAUUUGAAAUGGUGGUGGAGCUGGGAUUGGCCGUGGAGAUUAAAUUGGAUUAUAAGAUGGAUUUGUUUAAUCCUCAGGCGGAUACGGUGAUAGUGACGGCAAAUGAGAUCGAGGGCGGAAUAAGGCGGUUGAUGGCGGAUAAGAUGAUCAGGACAAAAGUCAAAGAGAUGAGCGAAAAGAGCAGAGCGGCGAUGACGAAAGGCAGUUCAUAUGAUUCUGUUAGUUAUCUAAUUCAGGAUUUUAUAAAAAAACAUCUCCCGAGUUAA